CAUGACUUGUCUUUAUUUUUCCAGAGAUUUGUUCACUAUAAGAAUUUCGAAAUCACAACACAAAACUACAACAGCUCUAGAUAGAGUUAUGUCUCUCUGCAAGAAGUAUGCUAAUGAUGAGAUGGUUCUCAUAAAGGAACAGAGGACAUCCUCCUACUUACAUCACUUACCUACCCUCAUAAGAGGAAGGAAAGAAGAAAGAAGUUUUUACUUGCAGAAAGAAGAUGAAGAUGAUAAUAUGCUGACUGAACCCAAGGCGAGAACCUCAGCAUUGACUAUCUAUGUUUUAUGUCACCUGCAGAGACAGACUACAUCCGUGCAAAGCGAAAUGGGAUCAGAUUAUGCUGUUGUGGACAGAGUGUCAUAUGCUCAACCCUUGACAUUUGGCUUGUCUUUGAACCACCAGUAUUCCCCCUUCAAAGAUGCACUGAAAAAUCCCCAGAAUUACCAAGAGCAAGUCAACAGUCAACGGUACUUUGGAUGCUUUUCCUACCUGUCCUACCAUGGGAACUUCAGUGUGCACAACUACUCAUUGGAGCCUGCAUUCAUCCACAAACGUAAUGAGAGAGAGCGGCAGAGAGUUCGAUGUGUCAAUGAGGGAUAUGCAAGACUCCGCGAACAUUUGCCUCAGGAAUUUGAGGAUAAAAGACUCAGCAAGGUAGAGACACUGCGGGCUGCCAUAAACUACAUUAAACACCUGCAGAACCUUUUGGAGGUCAGUCUUCCUCAGGAAAAGUCAGGACUGUCUUAAGAGAAGGGCAGAGGAACUCAAGGACUAUAGUGUCAGUGACAGCAUUGAUCUGGGCUACUAAGUAUUGUAUACUAGCCAUUAAAUUCCUUAUUGUUUUACUGUUGAUGACACUUUAUGCUUAUUACAUAACUGUACGCAAAUAUAAUGCUUUCCAGAUGAUACAAUAUGGGUUUGAACCUGAAAAUGUUCUUAGUUCGCGCUGAGGAGCAUGUGUGUCGAAAUGCUAAAUUAAAACAUUUCUAUUUCUGUACAAUUUUGUGUAAAAUGUAUGUGAAUGUUGUUCUGACUAAACAAUUAACCACGGA